UUUCAAGAACUUAAAAACUCCAAAUUCCAAGGCUGCCUGCCAGAUAUAAAUAUAGAUUCAUUGCAUUAAAAUAAUACCACUAAACAAUAACUAGCAAAUAGUGGAUGAUUAUUGAUUCUAUAAUCAACUCCAACUCAACAAUUCUUUCUCCUCCAUAACCAACACCACUAUUGAGCAACCGGUUCAUUAGAUCGAGUGUUCCCCUCGAGUUGCCCUCUAUUCUGUUUGUCAAGUGGAUAGACGGAUGUAUGAGCAUGUGUAUUGAUUAUCGACAACUGAACAAAGCGACCAUAAAAAACAAACUCCAUUACUAAUCUUGUUUCUUCAACUCUCAACCAUGUUUCCUUUUCUUCAUCUCUUCAUCUUUCUCCAAUUAUCCUUAACUUGCCAUGGAACACCCCAUCAUCGUACUCUGCUCCAACAACCUAGUACAAACUCUUCAUCAUGUCCUCUUGACUUCAACUCACUUCGUGGAUUGAUAGAUCAAAUACCAAAAAGACCAACUAUAAACUCAACAACACAGUGUCAAUACAUUCGUCAAGGCUUACGUUUAGUCCAAUCUGAAUAUCUUAAACGUACAAACUCUUUCUUUCCACCUCUCAUUUCUGCUAAUUCUUGUUGGAAGUCUUACGAAUCUUUAGUCGACAACUAUGUCCCUAACUUCAAUAUCCUUAACACUUGUGGUUUUCAAACUUUUUGGAUAUCUCAAGGUUGUAUGAAUAUUACAACUCGUUUUGAAUUUGAAUCUAAAGUCUCACCUGCUGCACUUUCAAAUAUUGUUUCUGCUUGUAAUCAGUCUUUGGAGAAUAAUUCUCCUUGUGCCACGUGUACUACUAGUUUAUCUAGUCUUGGUUCAUUUCUACCUGGUCCUUCUGUUGGGAAUGUUUUUGAUUGUGCUUCUUAUCCUUCGAUAUAUGCAGCAGCUUUUGCUAACCACUUUGGACCUACUGAUAGGGGUACUGCAAAAUGCUUGUUUUUUUUUGAUAUUACUGGUGUUAGUUCAGGGAAAGGUAAAAAGAAUGUAGUUAUUGUUGUUGUUGUGGUAGUUUGUGUGUUGGUUAUUGGACUUGCUCUGUUUGGUUAUUGGUUUUUGUGGAGGAAAAGGAAAAUUAGAUUGGCUAACCAGUGGAAUACUACUAGGAGAUUGGAGAGUAAUUUGAGUUCUCGUAUGGAUUCGAUUAGUGGAAGUACUACUUUGGUUAGGUUUACUAUUGAUGAAAUUAAGUUGGCCACUAAGAAUUUCACAAGGACGAAUAUAAUUGGGACAGGAGGGUAUGGGAAUGUGUAUAAGGGUGUUUUGCCUGGUGGGGUUGAAGUAGCUUUGAAGAGGUUCAAGAAUUGUUCGGUUUCUGGUGAUGCAAAUUUCACCCAUGAAGUGGAGGUUAUUGCCAGUGUUAGGCAUGUAAAUUUGGUAGCUUUGAGAGGAUACUGCACUGCUACGACGCGUUUCGAGGGUCACCAGAGGAUCAUUGUUUGUGAUUUAAUGAAGAAUGGGAGUCUUUAUGAUCAUUUAUUUGGGACGGGGCAUGAAAAAUUGAGUUGGGGUAUUAGGCAAAAGGUUGCGAUUGGCACUGCUAGGGGUUUGGCUUACCUGCAUUACGGAGCACAACCUGGUAUCAUUCACAGGGAUAUUAAGGCUAGUAAUAUACUUCUAGAUGAGAGUUUUGAGCCUAAGGUGGCGGAUUUUGGAUUGGCAAAGUUCAAUCCUGAAGGGAUGUCACAUUUGAGCACUCGUGUGGCAGGGACGAUCGGAUAUGUAGCCCCCGAGUAUGCUUUAUAUGGCCAGUUGACAGAAAGAAGCGACGUUUAUAGCUUUGGAGUUGUGCUUCUGGAGCUUUUGAGUGGAAAGAAAGCAAUAAUAGAGUUUAAUGAUGGGCAGCCGACGCUUGUGACUGAUUGGGCCUGGUCAUUGGUCAGGGAAGGCAGACCGUUAGAUGUUCUUGAAGACAACAUUCCGCAUUUAGGCCCUCCAGAAGUUGUGGAGAAGUACGUAUUGGUAGCUGUUCUUUGUUCCCAUCCACAAUUGUACGCGAGGCCAACAAUGGACCAAGUUGUGAACAUGUUGGACGCCGAGAUACCUGUUCCAACCAUACCGGAGAGACCAAUUUCUCUCAUUGCUGAUCUUGAUGACAUUGAAAAGUCUGUUAGCAGUAGUACUGGUGGUUCAGGUAAUCUGUCCACUGCUACAGGCUAUCAGCCAUACAUAUUUGAGCGUGAGGCACCCUUAGCAGAUAGUGAUUCCAUCAAAGCCAGAACAUUGGAUCACAGAUAGUGAUAGAGCUGCACAGUAUCAUUUUUACUGCCUGCUUCGAUAGACAUUCUAUGAGUUUUGAUGAAUUGCUCAUUCAUUGGUUUAUUUGCCUCGAAUUUGUUUCUGAUUUAGGAACCAGAACACUAACACAAAUUGUAUAGUGGCUAUGUAUGUAUACUCAGUUUUGAUUCUUAUGUACUACAGUUAGGCUGAAUAAAGCUUGAUAUUUUGUAUGCAA